AUGAAGCUCUCCCUAUAUCUCUAUAUCUUGCAGCUGCUAAGUUGGAUGCGAACUAUAAAGCAAAAUGGCUUAGACCCAUCAAAAGAGCUCAAAGGUGGUUUCGGUUGUCUAAGAGCUAAGGUCUUCUCUGACGUCCAAGACAUCCGCACAAACUCCUUCUCCUUCUCCGGAUCAUCUCAUCACAAGAAUCCACCCAAAGUUGAACAGGAACUUCGGUUUGAUGAAGACGGUUUCUGCGGAUUUCUUGCCAUUGGGACGCUUGGUACAGACCCUGAGACACCAAAGUUCUCAGCUAUGGUUGCAGAAGAAGAUGUAACUCGAGAAAGAAUGGAGAUGGCCAAGCUCGUUACUGAGAAACUAGAUAAGUUUCUAAAGGAAAAACCUGAGGACACAACCAGUAAGCGGGUCGAAAGAUCGAAUGCAAAAGAAGAUAAAGAGUCCUAUGCAUGUCCUCUACACGAUUAUGAUCACUUUGGAACGUCCAUUGAGCUUAAGAAGAGAAACAAUGGAAGAGUAAAGAAGAAAAAGAGUUUACUUACGAGCCUAUUCAAGAGGAGACAAUCAGAACAAGGAGAGCCUUACAUAGAGAAACACAACACAAGCGAUGUGAUUAAAAAUGUAUUUGAAAAGCUUCAUGGAGCUUCUACAAAGAUUAGAAAUGAUGAUGAAGAUUUUAUGCCCAAGAAGAAAGAUCUUAGAAAGAGUGCUCAAACAUGUCGACGUAAAGUCCAUCCUGUUCUCUACACACCUAUAAGAGACGAUAACAAGAUAGAUGACAGAAGAAAAGUGGAUCUCAAGGUCCCUAGUCUUCUUACUGGAGGGUUUCUUGGUGCAAGUUCCAUCUCGGAUACGAACAGGAAGAGAGAAAACUGGAUCAAGACCGACACAGAGUAUCUUGUUCUGGAGCUGUGAAGAUAAAUAAAUACUCACUUCAAGAAACCUCCAUUGAGGUUCCAAGCAAAGCUCUCUCCUAUCAAAUCCACAUAUAUAAUAUAGUACAAAAAAUCACUAUCUAUUAAUGUGUAAUCAAAAUGGGUUAUUUAGUCUUAGUUUAAGGCAAUGUGCUCAUGUAUGAAACUCUUGUAUCCCAAUUUAAACAGUAUUCAAAGUAGCACCUAUACCUGAUUUGGCCACAGGUUUAACUGCUCAUAAACUAUCACCAAUAUCUCUUAUCCAAACCAAUCAUUGAUAAAUCUAUAUUGUCUGCCCGGUACAGCAAGAUUUGACCCUCUUUGCCUCUUGAGCUCGAAUGCAACACCAUUAGUGCAAGC